AUGGACCAGAAAUCUCCACCUGACCUCCAGGACACACAGCAAGCAGCUCCCAGCCACACAUCGGGUCAAAGAGAAGAGUCUCUGAAUCAGGUUCCCAGCCUCCCAGUCAUAUCUCAGAAUCCAGUCAGCCAUGGUCACCGGGUCAGUAUUCAAGAGCCUGUAUCAAUUCUUCAUUCUCACAGGAUCAGCAACCAAGAGCCUUCACCAUCAGCCCUCGGCCCUCGAAGGGUCAGUAUCCAAGAGCCUCUGCCAUCAGCCCUCAGCCCUCGAAGGGUCAGUAUCCAAGAGCCUCCACCAUCAGCCCUCAGCCCUCGAAGGGUCAGUAUCCAAGAGCCUCCAUCAUCAGCCCUCAGCUCUCGAUGGGUCAGUGCCCAAGAGUCUUCAGAAUUUGGCUUCAUCUCUCCCCAGCUCAGUAUCCAAGCAUCUCUACCAUCUGCCUACAGUGAUUGGGCCAGUUCCAAAAAUGCUCCAUCAGAUUUCCAUGGACAUCACUUCAACACCCAAAGCCCUCAUAACCUGACUAAUGCUCCAUCAAAAACCUACAGUAGCCAAGAUAUCAAAGGUCGCCAGUUACACAGCCUUGCGAAAAGACUAACCCGGCCCAGCAUCGAUGUCCCCCCAUCUCUUACCCAAAGCCCAAAGGCCAGCAUUGAAUCCAUUGACUGGGAUGACAAUGAAAGUUUGAGAGAAUGUAUAUGUGACUCCAAGGCCAGCGAGAGCAGUGCCCUCACCCAUGCCUCAAGCAGCUCCAUAGUAAUCAAUUCUAUGAGGCUACAGAACAGUCGAAGCCUCCCCUCACUGCUUCCCAAGGCUUCACAGCUGCUGCUGGAGGCCAAGAAGGUGAGCCACCAGCUGAGCCUGGUGCUGACCCUGGCUGGGAUGAUGGUGAUCACCACUGUCUCCUUUGGUCAGCCCUGGAUCCACUUCUGGGUGCCUCUGAGGCCCCCGGGGGACCCUGCUGGCUCCCAGACCAUCCCCAUCGACACCAUCUUGUUCGUGCAGUGCCCGGACGUCUCCUGCUUGCAUGAAUUCGAUAAGAAUGCCUACCUCCUGGACCUGGCUUGGGCCUGCUUCCUCAUCUCCGGCAUCACCAGCUUCUGUGUCUGUGCAGGCCUCAUCGGUGCCUUGUGCUUUCCCAGCUCCAGCCUUCCCCUGACGGACUUCUUCCUCCUGAUGGGCAGCUUCAUAGCAGGGACCAGCAUUAUACUGGGGAUCCUCUUGUACCUGAUGCAGGCAAAAAAGUACUUGCAGGAAGGCAUGACCUACACACUGGGCAUCAGCUUCUACCUGGCUUGGACUGGCGUCUUUUUAUUCCUGAUGAUUGGUCUCUUCUCCUAUCUGAAUUACGUGAACUUCUGGUCCAUCCUGGCACUUCAGGCCAUCUGGUCUUAG